GCCGUGCCGGGGGCGGCGCUUCCCGCCCGGCUCCCGCGGCCAUGGCGGCUCCCGCCGGGAUGGUGCCGGUGCUGGCGGGGCUCUACGUGGGCGGCGCGGAGUCCUGCUCGUCCCCGGAGGCGCUGUCGGCGGCGGGGGUGGUGGCGGUGCUGACGGUGGACGCGGAGGAGCCGCCGGCCGUGCCGGGCGUGCGGACCAUGCACGUCCGGGCGCGGGACGAGCCCGGCGCGGACCUGCUGAGCCGCCUGGACGAGUGCGCCGCGUUCCUGGGCGCGCCCGCCCGCCCGGCCGGGGCCCCCCUCACCACCCCGCUCUGCUCUCGCCCCCGCCGCAGGGUGAACCCCGGCUUCCAGGGGCAGCUGAAGCUCUACGAGGCGAUGGGGUGCGCCGUGGACACCAGCAGCGUCCUCUACAAGCGGUACCGGCUGGAGAUGCUCAGCGAGAGGUUCUCCGAACCUCAAGACUUGCCCCGAGAAGUCUUUGCAGUUGAUCCUACCACUGUAUGUCAGACUUUGAACACAGAGGUUCUCUACAGAUGCAGGAAAUGCAGACGCGCUCUGUUCCGUAGCUCCAGCAUUUUGUCCCACACGGAAGGAAUGGGACCGACAGCCUUUGCCCACAAGAGGAUAGCAGAGUCUGCUCGGCUUUCUGGGAAUGGCCAGGAAAAGUGCACCUCGUACUUCAUCGAGCCCGUGCAGUGGAUGGAGCCGGCAUUGCUCGGAGUGAUGGAAGGACAGCUUCUGUGUCCCAAAUGCACGUCGAAGCUGGGCUCCUUCAGCUGGAGGGGGGACCAGUGUUCCUGUGGCCGCUGGGUGACGCCGGCCUUCCAGAUCCACAAAAGUCGAGUGGAUGAAGUGAGGACGUUGCCUGUUGGUAACUUCCAGACUGCCAAAACGUGAACUCAUCACUUCACUUGAUGGAUUUCUUAACAGCUACUGAGAACUACUAGUCCAUGGUUGCCAGGAAAUGAGCUUAUGACUUUCAGCCCUUUGCAAGGUGGUGGAAUGACUUGAACACCUUCAGUUUGCCGUAUCUCUUAAUAUAUUCUAUGAAAUACCAGAACACUUUCUUCAAAGAGGUGUUACAGAGUGGUCAAAUCUACAAAAUGGGCCAAAUGUGAUGUUUUUAGUGUAUUCUUUAUUUAUGUGUUGCUAUUCAGAGAAGGUCUCAACACCUUAUUCAAAAGGAGUUGCUGUGGCCAGUAGUGCUGCUCAGCUUCUGAUCCAAAGUGCCAAGUGCCCUCAAAUGGUACAAUUACAGUUGUUUUGCAUGCAUGGCAGCAAAAUACAAACUUACAGUUACACUUCCCUUGUAUUAAAAGUAAUCCUAAAAAUA